AUGUCUCUACUAUUACAGUUAUCUAAUCUAUUACUAUUACAAAUCAUAUCAGAUAUUGAUGAUAAUGGAGAUAUAGUAUGUUUGUUGUUGACUUGUAAAAAGUUGUACAAUAAUAGUAGUUUAAAAAGAUCGAUUCGGUUUAAAGGAAUAGAAGUUAUCAGUGGUUAUGGAGAGAUAUCAAAAAAGCUUAAAGCAACAGCUACUCAAUUCAAACUCUUAUCAUUUAAAGAUAUCUACGAGAAUAGUAUACCCUAUCAUCAUGUGAUACUGCCUGCAGACCACCAAUCAGACAAUCAAAAUGAUAGCUUGGUUGAGUAUCCUCAAUGGAUACAACAACGCAUCUCUAUAGCAGACAGAGUCGAUAAGAGUAACAUUACAAAUGUAUUGGUGAGAGAUUAUCAAGCAAAAUCAAUUCAAUCACUCUACGACGAGAUACCAUCGAUCGAAACACUAUUGUUUAAUAAGCCCAAUCAGACACAAUUAUUACUGGAUCUUGGUUCCAUUUCACUAUUGCCUCGUCUCCAACGACUUGGAGUUUAUGCACACGAUGCGAUUAUUGGUCCUCAUCCAACACUCAAGUCACUUGACCUAUAUAUAGAUACCAAACACAGUCUCAUCGACUUACAACUCACCAAACUAGUAUCACUGAAACAGUUGACCCUAACCGAUGCUGUGUCUGGGAUAGGAAAUGGUCUCUUUCCAAGUAGUCUGACGUCACUCACUCUGACACUAACAGAGUUGCCUCCAAGAGAUACAUUCUAUUCAUUAAAGUCUCUUGUAACCCUCUAUUUCCGCAUGGACAGGAAUUUAACCGACACAGAGGUUGAACAUCCAUUCAUCGAUCUAGAGAAUCUAUCCACACUCAAGACACUCAGUAUCAGUGACAGUAAUCACUCCACACAAGUUGUCAAGUCCUACAUCUCGAUUAGUGUCCCCCCUUCAAUCAAAUUUCUAAACUUUUGGUCAAUAUGCUUAAAAAUAAUGCCAACCCAAUCCACAACUGCUACUACAACUAUCUUGAUGCCACAAUUGGAGACAUUGUAUGUACAACAAAGAUCAUUGAUUGAAGAUAAUAUCUGUCUAGGGUCAUGCCCAUCUCUCAAGAAAAUAGUUAUUGGCAAUUGCUUCAAACCCAUGCCAUCCAAUAUCAUCUUCCCAUCAACUAUCGAAAGAAUUGGCAUAGAUAAACAGUGUGAACAAGAAUGUACAAUACUUGGACAAGUUGUAUUCCCACCAUCUCUCACUCAUCUAACUAUCUUUGGUAUGAGCUGCGAGUCUGUCCAGAAGCUCCCUGAAUCACUCGUUAAUCUAAAACAGAUGAUCAACCAAUCACCUGAAUCACUUCCUCGAGAUUUGAAAAAACUUAUGUUGGAAGUGGAAUGGAGAGCCCCACUUGAACAUUUGGAGUUGCCAUCCUCAUGUCCACCUAAUCUUGAAACACUCGACCUCCUCCAAAUCAAAGGUAAUAUUACCAUUAACAAAAUACCACCAACCAUCAAAUAUCUAUCGAUUGUAUUGCCAACAAAGCUUAAUAUAGGGUUAAAUACCAGCCCAGUCUAUUCAAUCAGCUCAAAGAUAACCAGUAUCGAUAUCACCCAACCACAAUGGCUACCACAAAAUACAACUCAUCUAACUAUCAAUGUAAAUAAUGCUACAAAAUAUCCAUUAUUGUUUAGAUUAGAUCAAGUAAUCAACCACACCAAUGUGAGAUAUUUAUCUAUCUCCAUUUCCACCGCAUUCCUUCAAUUUUCAAUUCAAAGAUUAGACGCAAACAAUCUAAAUGUAUUGGUAUUGGAAACAAAGACACUUCAAGGUGGAAUAAUUACUCAACAAAGAUUGAAAAGAAAAUCAAUCAAUCAACAACAACAAUAUGAUCCGAUUUAUUUAUGUUGUAAUAUCAGUUCUACCUCUCCUUAUGAAUUCAAGUUUACCCGUUGUGACCCUGAAAUAAAAACUACACAAGGAUGGAAUUGA